AGCAGAGAAGAAAAAAAAAAGAGGCAGAGAUCGAGACCACGCCGCAGUCCCUCUCCACCCUCCUCCCCCAUCCCCGUCGCCCUCCUCGAUUCCGCCGGCGAUCCGUCUACCCCAGCCCAGCCCAGGGAGAGGCGAGCGGUAGAGUGACCGGCGGUCGCGCGGCCGGGAGCUAGGGUUUCCGCGUGUGGUAGGGGAGGAGUCCGCAGGGAUGGCGCAGGCGGUGGAGGAGUGGUACCGGCAGAUGCCCAUCAUCACGCGCUCCUACCUCACCGCCGCCGUCCUCACCACCGUCGGCUGCACCCUCGAGAUCAUCUCGCCGUACCAUCUGUACCUGAACCCCAAGCUGGUGGUGCAGCACUACGAGAUCUGGCGUCUCGUCACCAACUUCCUCUACUUCCGCAAGAUGGAUUUGGAUUUCCUGUUCCACAUGUUCUUUCUUGCACGCUACUGCAAACUUCUCGAGGAGAACUCAUUCAGAGGAAGAACAGCUGAUUUUUUCUACAUGCUCUUGUUUGGUGCUACUGUCCUAACUAGCAUCGUUCUGAUUGGUGGGACAAUACCUUACAUUUCUGAGACGUUUGCCAGGAUUCUGUUCCUCAGCAAUUCAUUGACGUUUAUGAUGGUUUAUGUCUGGAGCAAGCACAAUCCCUUCAUUCACAUGAGCUUCUUGGGUCUGUUCACCUUCACUGCUGCCUACUUACCUUGGGUCCUUCUGGGCUUCUCUAUUCUGGUGGGGAGCAGUACAUGGGUUGAUCUUUUGGGUAUGAUUGCUGGUCAUGUGUAUUACUUCCUUGAAGACGUGUACCCUCGGAUGACCGGCCGGCGCCCCCUGAAGACCCCAUCCUUCAUCAAGGCGCUGUUCGCUGAUGACAACGUGGUCGUGGCGGCGCGGCCACCCAACGCCGGUGUCGGCGCGGCUGCAAGGUUUGGGGGUGGGGGUUUAGCAGCAGACCCCCAGUUCCAGUGAUGACCGACAUGCAGUUUGUUGGAUAUAAUUUUGUACACCCGUGUCCGUGAUGAUAUGUGCAAAAUAUAUACACAGUAUAAUUCUCAGUUUAGGGGGUUGGGUUUGAUGCCAAUGCGCUGCUAACCAAAAGUGUAUGUAGCUGGGCUUGUGAGGCCCGUUUGGUUGUUGGUUAACUUUGAAUCGACGUACUUGUCUCUCUCA